UGAGGGCUCCAGGCCCAGGCAUCAGAGUGGACCAUGGCUCCCAGCCCCUGGGGCUGUGUGUAUGGCCUCCUGCUGCUGUUGCUGCUUCUGUCCCUGGGGGCUGGCUCUGCCCUAGGCCGGGACCUUCCCAGGCCACUUGAGGACUUGGAACCACACUUGAUCCCAGGAGCCCACCCCAAGGGCCCUGUUGGCACAGAGCCCCAGGCCUUUGACUUCUUCUGGGAGAAGCCCAGAGACGAGAGCCCCUGGAACUCCAAUGUCCCCCAGGUCCCUGCUGAGGAGGUGCCUGAGAGGCCCACAGACUCCCUUGGCCCAGCCCUGCAUGGACCUAAAGCAGCCCAUGGGGUGCAGAGAGAAGGACUCCCAGUAACUGAUGACCUCCAGGUGGCUCGAGGGCCAGUUUUUCAGGGCUGGACAGGACCUCCUGAAUCACAGGAGUCUAUGGAGCAAGAAGCACCAGCCCCCUAUCCAGUGGGCACCCCCCAUCUCACUUUCAUCCUCACAACUCCCAGACUCCAACUCGGGCUAGCCACGGUUCCUCCCACCCCAGGGCAGCCUGGGAGCCAAGUGGGACAGCGACUACCUAGAGAGGAGGGUCUUGUGGCCAAAGCCAAGAUCGGGGUCUCAGAGACAUCCCCCUGGGACCACAGGGGCCCUCCCCACACUCUUGCAGCACACCCAGGCACUAUCAUGAGGCCAGGGCUGAAAGAACAGGGUGGGAGUGAGAAGGACUUCCAGGAGGCAGCUCAAGGCCCCCUCUUCGCUCGGCAGGAUCCAGCAGCCCCUGAUGUUGGCGCAGUAUCACCAGCUGAGGCGGCAUCCUCUCAGGAGCCUGGGUCCCAGCCAGACCUGGCAUUGGCCAGAAGCCUUGCUCCUGCUGAGGAGCUGCCCAUGGAGCUCCCCAAGAAGGCUGGAGGUGGGGAGACCUGGGAAGUCAGUAUUCCAAGUCCCUCACCCAAAGAGACUGACCUCCCUGAUGUUAGGGGCUCAUCAGGACCCCAGCCCUCAGGUCCCCCAGCCUCAGAGACUCCUAAUGGGCAGCCCAAGCCAGAGACAGCAGCAAUGAAUGGAGCAGACCCCAUCUCCCCCCAGCGGGUGAGAGGAGCAGUGGAGGCCCCAGGUACCCCCAAGUCCCUCAUCCCCGGCCCUUCGGACCCUGGCCCAACUACAAACGGAACAGAGAGCCCUGUGGGAGCCCUGCAGCCAGAUGAAGGCGAGGAGUGGCCGGGGCGCCCCCAAAGCCAUCCCCCAGCUCCCCCUGUCCAGGCCCCCUCGACGUCACGCCGGGGCCUCAUUCGGGUCACCACGCAGCGUGCCCUGGGCCAGCCACCCCCGCCGGAGCCCUCCGCCAGCUCCGUGGCAUCAGUCCCGGCCUCCAGCCCCCCGGCCAACGCCACCUCACCCCCGCUGCGCUGGGGUCCCCUGCGGCGGGUGCUGAGCUUUUCCUGGGAGCUGCACGUCUACGGGGUCGGGGUGCUCUUCCUGCUGCCUGCGUUGUUGGCACUGGCCUCGCUGGCAGCCGCCCCUGCGGGGCCCCGGUUGGCACUGGUGGCGGCGGUGCUGGUGCUGGUGGGGUCUGGGCUGCGGUCCGCCUACAUGCUCACCGACCCCUAUGGCUCGCAGGCACGACUGGGUUUACGCGCCGGCCUGGUGCUCUACAAUCUGCCCUUUCCCUUGCUACUCACCGCGCUGGCGGCCCUGACCCUGCUCGGCCUGGGCGCGGGGUUGCCACAGCAGCUGCAGAACCCGCUCCUCCUGGGAGCGCUGGCGUUGGCGCACGGCUUGGGGCUGCUCGCCACAGACCUGCUGUCGGCGAGGCCUGCUCUCAACCUCCUGGCUCAGGGCUUAUCGUGCGCCUGGGGCGCGUCCGUGGCUCUGGGCACGCUCUGCCUGUGCCGUCGCCGCCUGCUGGACGGGCCGAGGGGCUGGGAUGCCAGCCCGGGCCCGAGGCUGCUAGCCGUGGCGGGCGCGCUGGGGCUGCUGGCCAGUGGCUUGCAGCUGGCGGCCGCGCUCUGGCUGUAUCCGGGCCCCGGCCGGGUGGGCCACUUCUCGUGGGCCUGGUGGGGCGUCCACUUCUGGCUGCGCCUGCUGGAGCUGACGUGGGCGCUCACCCUGGCGCUGGCCGCUCUGGCCGCCGCGCGGCCCAGGCCGCCCACAGAGCACGCCUGCUGGGCUAAGCUGCUGCGCCUGGCAUGCCCUACGCCCUCCGGCAAGAGCGAGGUGCCCGAGAGGCCCAACAACUGCUACGCGGGGCCCAGCGGCGUCGGCGCAGGUACCCUGGACAUUAGCAAGAGCCUCAUCCGCAACCCGGCGGAGGGUGGGCCUCCGGUCACGCCCAGUUCAGGCGCCUGGGGUUCGGCUGCGUCGCUGGGCCGCGGUCCCCUGGGUGGCCCAGGACUGUCCCGCAGCAGCAUGGGGCCGGCGCCAUCGAUGAGCGAGCUGGACCUGCGGCCGCCAUCACCCAUCAACCUGAGCCGCAGCAUCGACGCCGCGCUCUUCCGAGAGCACUUGGUGCGAGACAGCAUCUUCCGGCGCUGCGGCCUCCGUGGCCUGGCCUCCCCGCCGCCCGGGGGCGCGCUGCGGCCGCGCCGGGGCAGCCACCCCGACGCCGAGCUAGACGGCGCAGGUUCUUCGCUCCUCCGCGGCCGCAGCCGGUCGCUCAGCGACGUGCGCGUGCGCGGCCCGGUCCCACCACAUGUACUGGACGAGCUUGACGGGGCAGCUUCCGGCGGCUCCGUGGACAGCUUCUCACGGGGCUCCCUCAAGAUCAGCUGGAACCCCUGGCGCCACGGGCUGUCGUCGAUGGACAGUCUGCCCCUGGAGGAGCUGCCCAGCACUGUGCAGCUACUGUCUGCCCCAGCUCCUGCCCCGGGUCCCGCCCGGCCCGGGGAGCCCCAGAAUGGGAUCCAGCCUCGCUGCAAGUCCGGGGACUCCCGCAGCGCCUCCAGUGACACCAUCGAGCUCUGAGGGGGUCCAGAAACUCAGGACCAGGGCCCCGCCCUCGAUGGCCGUACCGCGGCAUGACCUUCUGGGAUGCUGAGCAUUUGGAAAAACAUUCCGGGAGUAUUCCUGGGCCCCAACUGAUUGCAGCCUCCGGAGACAGCCCGACACGAACCCACACCCACCCCCAGAUUUUUGUUUUUUAAAAUAUCUCUAUUUUUCAGCGGGUAUUUUGCACAGAGGCCAUGACUUAUGCGGAAUACAGGGUGGACAUGCACGUUAUUUGGGAAUGGGGAACAGGGUCCAGGUGCCCUAACAUCCCAUCCAGACUCUCCAGUGUGAAGAUGAGGCUCGACUGUCCAGACUGUCCUCUUUGUGCCAAAGAAAUAAACCCUUAGGACUUGGCUCAAGCCUCCCUCCGGCCAUGCCAGGAUCCUGUUUAGAGGAGAUGCCCACCCCCAGUGAUUCCAAGUCCUGUGUUUACUGCGGAGGGGAGGACUUCCAAAGGAAAGGGCCCUCAACCCUUGGAGGCUCUAGAAAUAAUGGCUAUCAAUAUUUCAUGGAACAUCUAUCUGCUGUACACUGUCUUCAGCUUUUCACAUCCAUCACCUUAAUUCUCACAUUAAGCCUGAGUGGGAAGCAUUAUCAUGCCCAUUUUAUAGACGAGAAGAGUGAAGUUCAGAGAUGAAAGUCAUUUGUCAGGGCCCUUUGGCAAAUGAUAGCUGGUACUGAACUGAGAAAGUUCCACUCCUGAGCCUGGUUCCUCCAUCUCCCUUCUCUUAACACUCACUACUUCAGGGCCGACCCUCUCCUUUGUCCUCCUUCUACUGCUCCUCCAUCAGGAUAGCCCUCAGUUUCCCA